AUGAAGUCCCACGUGUGCCACUGGCCCAACUGCGGCAAGACCUUCACUCGCGCAGAGCAUCUGCGUCGCCAUGCCCUCAAUCAUGACCAGGCAAGGCAAGGCUAUACCUGUGAGCGGUGCUCCGUGCAUUUCCACCGCCCGGAUCUACUAAGUAGGUGCUGUGCUACUGCAAGCUAUCUCGACUCCUUGUCUGACCCGCCAGAUCGCCAUCUGAUGCGCCAUGCCAAACGGGACGAGGAAGCUGGAGGCCCUGGUCAAGGAGUGCUGGAGACGAGGAAACGUACUCGCCGUGCGGGAGAUGGCUCCAUCAUUACUCGCCCUCCAAAGCGUCAGUCGCGCGCUCGUGCCAGCCACAGCUUGCCUCCAUCGUCGUCGGCCUCUUCCUCGUCGAUUUCCGUGACCAGCGCCCAGGACUAUGGUGCUCCUGUGUCCCCGCCGACGUCAGCGAGCGACCCAUCGUCCAUGACGUUGGACGAGCCCGAUCCGCUACUGGCUCCGAUGAUGCCCAGCGGACCAUUCGAGCCCUAUGUCGAGCCUAUCCCAGGGCAGUUUGAUGCGGCAGAUGGCUCCUGGAGUCUGGGACUGGACGGGAUGGGCGAUUUCUUCAGCCUUGACACUGCUGACCAAGCAGCUACCGAUUUCAACAUGCCUUUUGCGGCCACUCAUAAUUACAACUGGCUGUUCGACGUCGCCUCUCUGGACGACGCCUUUCCGCCCUUCGACCUCCCACUAGGUCCAGACAUGGUCACCUUCGCCGAGGAUGCCCUCCCUGUCGAUGAUCCAAAAUCAUUCCUCGACCGCGACGGCUCCUCAGUCCUCCUGCAGGCAGCCUCUUUCGUAGAACGCAGCGACCCGCUCGUCUUCUCCGCGCCCAUCCUAGAUCCUCCACCAGAUACCAUCAACCUCGAUUGGAUGGACGCGCCCUCCCUCCUCCAAACCACCCCCCAGCCCCAUCUUCCCAUCUUGACAGAAGAAUCCCGUCAAGGCAUCCUCAACCUGAUCGCGCAAGCACCACCCCUCGCCAUCGACGGCCAACCCACCCCGCUGGACUCCCCUCUCCUCUCCCUUCCCUCCCUCCAAUCCUACAGCGACCUUUUCUUCACGCGCUUCAACACAACCUACCCCCUGCUCCACCAACCCACCUUCGACCCAUCAUCCACCACCCCGGUCCUUCUCGCCGCCAUCCUCUCCAUGGGCGCCACCUACAGCAGCCGCGAAGCGCACCAACUCGCGGUCGGCAUCCAUGACUCCCUCCGCAACCAACUCUUCUGCCACGCGGACUUCUCCCCCCAGCCUGACCUGUGGGUCCUUCAGGCAAUGCUCCUAAUCGACUGUUUCGGCAAGAUGCGCGCGGGGCCGAAACAGCGCGAACGCGCCCAGCUCUUCCACUGCGUGUUGAUCAAGCUCAUCCGGCGGAGCGAUUGCUGCGCUAUUCGCCACACCCCGAACCCCACUACCACUACCGACACAGACAUCGACACCCUCUGGCGCACCGCCAUGCACGACGAGCAGAAGAAGCGCGUCGCAUUGCACUGCUUCAUGUGGGAUACGCAACACGCCGUCCUCUUCUCCCAGUCCCUAUGCAUGUCAGCCUUUGAAAUCAGAUCCGCUCUGCCCUGUUCCCAGGGGACAUGGGAAGCAUGCACGGCCAGCGACUGGGCGCAUCAUGCAUCUAUGGAGCCUCCACCGCGGAUGUUUCUCUCCGUGCUGAAAGGGUAUAUUACCCCCUCUGCGAUGGCUCGACCCCGCGAUCUGAAUACCCUGGCGCGGAUCGUCAUCCUGCACGGGCUCAUGUCCGUCUCAGCGGACCUGAAAAGACGGGACCAGACAACCUUACGAGCGGAGACGCCCGAGCGGGUCGCAUCCUGGGGAGGAUGUGGCUGGGUCGAGACGAGGUGGAGGGGUGUUCACGGGGCUGAAGAUGGCAGCGUGUGCGCUGUACCGGGCAGCCUGGCUGGCGCUGCAGGUAGAGAUACUGGAUUUGCAGGUCGCUGCCGGGGCGGGGAGGAUACUGGGAAGGACAGUGACGGAGGGAGAUCGGGAGAGGUCGCGACGGGGAUUGAAGAAGUGGUUACUUGGUGGCGGGGAGGGGGCUUUGGGAGCUGCGAGACAGGCGGCGAAGCUGCUGGAGGAGGCGGUGCUGAGUCUGCAUGA